AUGAACCCGGAGAAGGACUUCGCGCCGCUCACACCCAACAUCGUGCGCGCCCUCAAUGACAAGCUGUACGAAAAACGGAAGGUAGCGGCGCUGGAGAUCGAGAAGCUGGUCCGGGAGUUCGUGGCCCAGAACAACACUGUGCAAAUCAAGCAUGUGAUCCAGACCCUGUCUCAGGAGUUUGCCCUGUCCCAGCACCCCCACAGCCGGAAAGGGGGCCUCAUCGGCCUGGCCGCCUGCUCCAUCGCUCUCGGCAAGGACUCGGGGCUGUACCUGAAGGAGCUGAUCGAGCCGGUGCUGACCUGCUUCAAUGACGCGGACAGCAGGCUGCGCUACUACGCCUGCGAGGCCCUCUACAACAUCGUCAAGGUGGCCCGCGGUGCCGUGCUGCCCCACUUCAACGUCCUCUUCGACGGGCUGAGCAAGUUGGCUGCCGACCCGGACCCCAAUGUGAAAAGCGGAUCUGAGCUCCUGGACCGCCUUUUAAAGGACAUCGUGACUGAGAGCAACAAGUUUGACCUGGUGGGCUUCAUCCCCUUGUUGCGGGAGAGGAUCUACUCCAACAACCAGUAUGCCCGGCAGUUCAUCAUCUCCUGGAUCCUGGUUCUGGAGUCUGGUCCGGACAUUAACCUGCUAGAUUACCUGCCGGAGAUCCUGGAUGGACUCUUCCAGAUCCUGGGUGACAACGGCAAAGAGAUUCGGAAAAUGUGUGAGGUGGUUCUUGGAGAGUUCUUGAAAGAGAUUAAGAAGAACCCCUCCAGCGUUAAGUUUGCUGAGAUGGCCAACAUUCUGGUGAUCCACUGCCAGACCACAGACGACCUGAUCCAGCUCACGGCCAUGUGCUGGAUGCGGGAGUUCAUCCAACUCGCUGGCCGGGUGAUGCUGCCCUACUCCUCCGGGAUCCUGACCGCUGUCUUGCCUUGCCUGGCCUAUGACGACCGCAAGAAAAGCAUCAAGGAGGUGGCCAAUGUGUGCAACCAGAGCCUGAUGAAGCUGGUCACCCCCGAGGACGACGAGCCAGACGAGCCGAAGCCCACAGCACAGAGGCAGGCAGAGCCCAACCCUGAGGAUGCCCAGGCAAAGCAAGAGGAGACAGCCAGUGGCGGUCCAGAUGGUUCCUGUGACCCCAGCUUCAGUAGUGGCGUCAGUGUCUUCACUCCAGCCAGCUCUGAAAGAGCCCCUGUGACCCUUCACCUCGACGGGAUCGUGCAGGUCCUGAACUGCCACCUCAGCGACAUGGCCAUCGGGAUGAUGACCAGGAUUGCCGUUCUGAAGUGGCUCUACCACCUCUACAUCAAGACGCCCCGGAAGAUGUUCCGGCACACUGACAGCCUCUUCCCCAUCCUGCUGCAGACGUUAUCAGACGAAUCCGACGAGGUCAUCCUGAAGGAUCUGGAAGUGUUGGCAGAAAUUGCUUCCUCCCCUGCAGGCCAGACUGACGACCCCGACCCGCUCGAUGGCCCUGACCUCCGAGCCAGCCACGCAGAGCUUCAGGUGCCCACGCCUGGCAGAGCUGGCCUGCUCAACACUCCCGGUACCAAAGGCUUAGAAUGUUCUCCUUCCACUCCCACCAUGAACUCCUACUUCUAUAAGUUCAUGAUCAACCUUCUCAAGAGGUGCAGCAGCGAACGGAAGCUCCUGGAAGUCAGAGGCCCUUUCAUCAUCAGGCAGCUCUGUCUCCUGCUGAACGCGGAGAACAUCUUCCACUCGAUGGCGGACAUCCUGCUGCGUGAGGAGGACCUCAAGUUCGCCUCGACCAUGGUCCAUACCCUCAACACCAUCCUGCUCACCUCCACUGAGCUCUUCCAGCUGAGGAACCAGCUCAAGGACCUCAGGACCCUGGAGAGCCAGAACCUGUUCUGCUGCCUGUACCGCUCCUGGUGCCACAACCCGGUCACCACAGUGUCCCUCUGCUUCCUCACCCAGAACUACCGGCACGCCUACGACCUCAUCCAGAAGUUUGGGGACCUGGAGGUCACCGUGGACUUCCUCACAGAAGUGGACAAGCUGGUGCAGCUGAUCGAGUGCCCCAUCUUCACAUAUCUCCGCUUGCAGCUGCUGGACGUGAAGAACAACCCGUACCUGAUCAAGGCCCUCUACGGGCUGCUCAUGCUGCUGCCGCAGAGCAGUGCCUUCCAGCUGCUGUCCCACCGGCUGCAGUGCGUGCCCAACCCCGAGCUGCUGCAGACAGAGCAUUUGGCAUCCGAGAUGGAAAAUUUCACUUGUCGGGUCGCCAUGGAAACGAGCAGAGCCACUGAGAAGAUUUACGCUGAAUGGAGCGCGCCCAGCUUGCAUCAGAUGCCCUGUGUCUAGAAUUCCCUCCUAGGCCGUUAGAGCACUCAGCAGGCUGGCGCCUCGCUCCGGCGAAGGGCCUCAGGCGUUUGCCCUUGGGAUGGAAGCGGGCAGUCUUGCCUAGCCGGAGCCCCAUGCCCUCCACACCGCUGGGCCUGGGCUUCCACCACCCCACCUGGCCUGACCUCUCUGGAAGCUGAGCACGGGGCACCUGCUAGGUUGCCAGCCUCCCUGUGGCCCCGGACACCACUCCGGGAUGGCAACUGCUCAGAGCAGCAACACCUAGGCAGUCCCCAGGAGACGGCCUUUGACCUCCUAGUGUCCUGGGGAGCAGAGCGCAGCUAUGGAGUUGCCUGCAUCCUCACAGCUGAAACACUUCCAGCAUCUGAGACUCAGAGGCAGCCCUGACACCACCUGGGGCCUCACUGGCCAGGCCUUUCUGGCGCCUCAUGAUAGGGUCACCCCGCAGGCACUUAGGGGAAGAUGCAGCCGGAAGGGAGGAGGAGGCAGGAAGGGCUGCUUCCCUGUGAAUUCCAUUCUCUCUGUGGGUACUGGCUGCCUUGGGGGUGCUGGUGGGCUCCCCGGGCCCAGCUGCGGGCCUGCCCUGGGAAGGGUCAGUGCCAUCCCAGCUGUGCAUGUGGCCUCCUGUCUGAGGAUUCAGACCCCCCCACGCUCCCCAGGCCAGUGCAGGACACAUUUGGGGGGGAAACUGGGAAAAGGAUUUCCUCGAACCUCCCGCAGUCGAGAGUUUUGUUUUUAGUUAGCCAAGGCAUCAAUUUAGACAUGAAAGAAGUGAGAUUUUCAAAGAAAAAGUGCUGUCUGAUUCUAAAUCUGAAGGUUCGUGAACAAUCUCUGUGCUUCCUAACAGUAAAGAGUGAUUCGAGUCAUGGAACAGGGAAGCUUUGAGCCAAGAGGUUGAAGCUCUGGGUGGAAGAGUUGAUCAGUUGGUGGAAUUUCCAUAGGACUAGGCCUGGGCUAGGACUUGGUCCGAACUCUGCCUUGAAUUUGCUGUGUGACCUCAGGCAAGCUCCACGCCCCCUCUGGGCUCCUGGCAUCUCCAUCCGUAAAUGCACGUUUGGACUAUAAGGGUGUAUGAGGCUCUUCCCAGCCUGUGAGGAGCUCAGUUCCCAGCCUUUCUUUGCAAGGAGCUAGGAGGAGAGAGCAUGGAGUCGGCCACAGAGCAGUGGGCGAGGAAGGCCUCAGGAGCAGCUGGAGAGGGGGCAGAUUGCAGGGCUAGACAUACCCUGGAAGGGCCUGAGCACAGUCCCAGCCCUGGGAGGGGCAGGCAGCUGGCAGGCACCAUCCAGUUGCCUGACAGACCUGCGAGCCGGGAACAGCUGGGCCGUCGCUACUCCGGGCCCAUCCCUCAUUCUGUGCUCACCGCCUGGGAGGGCUCGGGACCACAGCCCCUUCAGGCGUCCAGGCCACUCCCCAGGGACUGUCUUCACCGUGAGGGAAUCUCUGAAGAAAAAGCUAGUGACAGGUGCAGGGGUGGGGCGGGGACAGGAGAGAGGGCCGGCCUGGGUCUGGAAUCCCGGCUCAGCGCUGCUGGCCGUGUGUCCAUCACUCCACUUGGGGAAACAUACAGAGAACGGAGGGCCUGAACAGCAGCUGUACCCCUUAUGGCUGGCAGGACAGGAGCCUUGACCUGGGAGCCCCCACCGUGGAGACUCACCCCUUCCCACUCCCAAAACUCAGGCCAGGAGGCCCAGAACACAGGGUGCAUCUGUGCACGUCACCCCAAGUUUGCCAACAUCUCCCUUAAAACCUGAUCCUGGCCUGUCCCCUGGACUCACAGCUUUGGCCUGCUAGGAGUAUCACAGAGCAGCACUCAAACCCGAGCACGGCAGUGGCCUUCCUGUGGCCUCAUGUCUCCAGGCCUGCACAACCCUCCCCCAUCCAGCCUAUGUGGGCCAGGUGGCUUCUGGCCUCGCUGUGGAGUUAGGGCUUCAAGCUCCAGAGUGCCCCUCAGUCUCAGCUGCCCUCCGGGGGCAGUGGCACCUGGGCCUGGGGUUACUGUGCCAGGGAGAGUUAAAGCAGCUGUCGGAACCCACAAUCUGCCCCCAUAGCCAGACCCACCCGGCUGGUUAACUGGUGCUGACGGAACCCCAGCCUCAGGGACUCGGGGCCCAGAAGACCAGCCACGUGGCCACUGUCUACAAUGCCCUCACAGGAAGGUGGGAGGGGAACAGGUGUGGGCAGAGGCCAGAUAGGGGUGCAGGAGGCUACCUCGGGGGCUCAGCGGGUAUCUCAAGUGCAGGAACGAUCCCCACCCUGGUGCUGCCCUAGCAGCCCGACAGGCCAUCAGAGGUACCUGGGGUCUGGCCAUUGGCCUUCUGUGCUGGGCCGAGCUCCCUGGGGAGGGUUCCCUUGGCGGGAGCUUCAUUGUGUUUCCCCAGAAAUAGACGGAGCAGCCAGUGUGCACCAGGACUGUGGCUGCUGGGCCCUAGCGGGCCCCACCCAGACAGGCAGAGUUGUAGCCGUGGCAACCGCCCAUCACAUACCCUGGCCGGGCCUGGGCACAGGCUCCGUUUUCACAUCGGUUGUUGAAGAAAUCCUCAUACCCACUCCAUGGGGUGGCUCCUGUGGCAGCCCCCACUUUCCAGAGGAGAAAACUGGGUCACACGGUUAGGAAGUGCCCAUGUUCUGGUCAGGGCCUGGCCUGGCCUGGCUGGCUCCCGUGCUCAGCUGCCUGCAGCCCCUGUACUGGGGCCUGUUCAGGAAUUCAAAGGGCCGGAAUCUCUGCUGUGAUAAGCAACCCCGUUCUUUUUUUUUGGAGAGGUUUUU